AGGUGUCAUUCUCUCAGAACUCAAAUCGCUGAAGAACACGGAACUAUGUGGUUGUUAGUACUGAUUUUAGGUUACAUUUCUGUUAGUGAGGCAAUUGUAUGUACUCCACAGCUAUGUGAAAAUAUUAAAAUCGCUCCUCUGCAAUGCAAAGGGUCGAUAAUCAAAGGGGGAGGAUUCUGUGGAUGUACCGACGCCUGUGCCAAGCAAGAGGGUGAGAGCUGCGAUUUACCAUCAAGACCUCAUCUCUUUGGAAUGAUUCCGUCUGCACCGUGUGAUGAUGGCUUGGAGUGCACCAGUCCUAUUUCCGAGAACCAUUCAAUAAUGCGACUUGGGAAGGGAGUGUGUUCAACAUCUAGAAAAUCUAGGAAGACUCGCAGCCAAACCUACACACCAUGUCAGCAGAUGUAUAUGCAGCGGUCUAUCAGUAUGGUGAUAUGGAAUGGCUGGUAUCUUCCAAAAUGUGAUGGCGAGGGCAAUUUUGAGGCCGAGCAGUGUGACAAUACAGGACACUGUUUUUGCGUUACACCCCACAAAGGCCAAACUAUCGAAAAUACAAAAGUCUUGGGCUCUGCCGACUGCUCUGCGCAUGCUCCAGCCAAGCGUGAUCUGACCCGGUGUCAGCAAAUGUACCAGUUACGCAUGAUUUCUUUCGUCAUUUAUCAUGGGAUGUGGACACCUAAGUGUGAUGCCGAUGGAAAGUUUGAGCCUGUGCAGUGUGACAAUACACAACACUGCUUCUGUGUGACUGAAUUAACUGGAACAGUCGUGAAAGGAUCAAAGGUUGCCCACAGGAACCCCGAUUGCUCUAUUUACGACCUGACGGAGAAUCCUACCACUACUACUGUGUCUUUUACAUAA